CGGACACUUAUGUUAGGGAAAUUAAAUUAGGCUAAUUUAUUUUACUCUAUGAGGAAGGUAGUGCUGAAUAGUUGGCGUACGGGCUCAUGCGACCUCCCGGCGUGCAGCGUCACGGGCGAUGUGUCUGUCAUUCGACACGGAUGGCGUGUUGACAACGAAGCCGCUUGAUUCUGUUCGCCGCUUUUUUUGCGAGACGUGGCAAAUCUUAUCAUUUAAAGUUGUAUUUUUAGACCAAGCAAAUGAAACCGUUUUCCGUCUGAUAUAUUGGACAUUGUUCUGAAAGCAGUAUGUCCCUCUACGCCGUGAUUAUUCCGGUGCUCUGUAUUAUUUUCUCGGCUUGGCAGGUGAGUGCAAAUGAGGACUGCUUGUGGUAUGUGGACAAAAAUGGCACCUGGCACAAUGGCUUUGACUGUCCUCUCAUAACCUUCUGCUGUGGGAACUGUCAUCGCCGAUACUGCUGCCUGGAUGGCUUUAAGAUGAUCACUGAGGCUGGACAGAAACGCUGCAUGCUGUUCCAUCUCAGCCCAUCCACUAUAGCUGGCAUCGCUUCAUCCAUCUUCCUCUUCGUGGCUGCUAUAGCAACCAUGGUCUGUUGCUUCAUGUGUUCCUGUUGCUACCUGUACCAGCGCCGUCAGCAACGUGGUAGGACCCCUUAUGAAGCCCAGCACAUUCCAAUGGCCAGAUAUCCUGUGGAGCCCAUGUACGAUGCUUAUGGGAAACCCAUAGGAUAUCCUGAUUACCCUGGAUACCCGAUGGUGCCACAGUACCCUGGUGUCCCACACCAAUAUCCUUUGAUGCCCCAGGGUCCUUAUCCUCUGAAUCCUCCUGAUGCAGGAUACAGUCAAGCAGCUCCUCCGCCAUACUCCCCUCCCCAGUAUCCAGGGCACUGAGAGAGUCCCUCAGCAGGAGAGGGUAACACAUACAAUGGGUGGAGAAGGUGGCCCAUGCUUGUUUGGAAUCCCUUGUAUGAGAAGCACUUUUAUUAUUUAUUUCUUGAUUAAUUGGUGGAGUGCAGCAUGAACUGACCUUGGAUCACCUCGCUUUGGAGCAUUUCCUCAUUUGAUGUACAGCUUUCCUGUGUCACUAAUCUGUAAGACUCCUCCAGCUUAAGCAACUCACAGACUCAAAAGACAUUAAAAUGAACUGACUGGGGUCACUUUGCUUUGUGCCAUUCUGUCAAACUCUCCGAAAUGGACAGUUAAAUGUGAUUUUCCUGCUGACAAACACACGCAGAAGACGCUGGUUGACUUCUGAUUCAUCCAGGAUUUUGGUCGUCGUUCAACCAAAGGAGAAGAGGCUUGUGUCAAUUGCACUUUACUCUGCAAUAGACUUGCUUAUGUGUAUUUAUUUGACUACUAAUCCAUGCAUGUCAUAUGCAUCAUUAAUAUCACAUCUUGCUGUACACAUGCAGUAUGUAAAUAAGAGAUACUGAUAUAAAGAUACUAAGAAAGAACUUUUUUCAUAGCAUCCUCACAACCAACCAAAACUUUGUUGUUACAAGUUUGUGUUCAUUCGGUGCCAUUUGAUUUGCAUCUUGCCUUUAGAUGACACCCAACGCUGAGGAACUUUCUGUUUAUAGAUCUGGCAUGAGGUUGAGAUGUAUUGUUAACACAACUUAGAUUUGCAUGUCUUUAAUUGUAUGGUAUGCUACUUAGGCCAGCUGUUAAGGACAUCCGAGUAAGAUUUUCAUUCUGUGAGCUGUCUGUAUAUUUUUCUUUGUUUGAAUAAUCUUUUUGAUCUAUAAAACUUUUCACAGUCAUUUAUAUUUAGCACAUCCUCAUAGUGAAAAUGUUUUGUCACUUUCAAAUUUCAUCAUACAUUAUACAAAGCUUAGUGACCCUUUUAAAGGGUAAAAUAAAAUGUAAAUUAAUUUAAGUAUUAUCUCUGUCUGAGAAAUCGAAAUUUAAAGAACCUGUUUAAAAUGUCAAUGUCAGAUGCAUUUGAGGUGUGAUAGACUUGUUUUGGAUUUGAAGUUCUUUCUGCUACCUCCUCUCACGUGUGUAAUAUUAGUUGUGAUGGCUUGUCUACUGUUUGAAUAACUUGUAAGCUAAGUUCAUGUAUGGUUAACAGUGCUGUUUUUUGCGAUAUACAGCAUAUGCUAAUGUCACUUUGGAAUGUGAAGUACAAAUAAGAAAAGGAUCUAUAAAAUAUUUUUUUACAAUGUGGAAUAAUAACGAGUAUUUUAAACUUUGAGCAAAGACAAACAGUACUAGUGUUUGAACUUGCACUAAUAAUCCUAAUUGAAAAGAAUGGACAUGAAAGUAUUGCAUAAAUCUUUUUCUUUUUUCU